CGAAAAGACGGCGUUUUCAAAACAAUUUGCGACACCUAGAAACUAGCGUAAACAUUUACCAAAACUUUUUGGUAUUUGUUUCAUAAAAAUUACGUUUAAGAUAAGAUCAAAAUGCGAGAAAUCGUGCAUAUUCAGGCCGGGCAAUGUGGUAACCAAAUAGGCGCCAAAUUUUGGGAAGUUAUAUCAGACGAGCACGGAAUAGACCCUACAGGCACCUACCAUGGAGACUCCGACUUACAACUGGAAAGAAUAAACGUUUAUUAUAAUGAAGCCACCGGUGGGAAAUAUGUUCCUCGAGCCGUCCUCGUGGACUUGGAACCUGGAACAAUGGACUCUGUUCGUUCCGGUCCCUUUGGACAAAUAUUUAGGCCAGAUAAUUUUGUUUUUGGACAAAGUGGGGCCGGCAACAACUGGGCGAAGGGUCACUACACCGAAGGGGCCGAGCUGGUAGAUUCUGUUUUAGACGUUGUACGAAAAGAAGCUGAAGGUUGUGAUUGCAUGCAGGGAUUCCAACUGACACAUUCCCUUGGCGGAGGCACUGGAUCUGGUUUAGGAACUCUGCUCAUUUCAAAGAUCAGAGAGGAGUACCCUGAUAGGAUUAUGAACACAUUUUCAGUUGUUCCUUCACCGAAAGUAUCCGAUACUGUUGUUGAACCUUACAACGCCACCCUAUCCGUACAUCAGCUAGUAGAAAAUACUGAUGAAACUUACUGUAUUGACAACGAGGCCCUGUACGACAUCUGUUUUAGGACAUUAAAAUUAACCACCCCAACCUACGGAGAUUUAAACCAUCUUGUGUCAGCCACCAUGUCUGGAGUAACCACCUGCCUGAGAUUCCCUGGCCAGCUCAACUCAGAUUUAAGAAAACUCGCUGUAAAUAUGGUACCAUUCCCUAGGUUGCACUUUUUCAUGCCUGGAUUCGCCCCAUUGACCUCCAGAGGCAGUCAGCAGUACCGAGCCCUCACCGUACCUGAACUGGUGCUCCAAAUGUUCGAUGCUAAAAACAUGAUGGCGGCCUGUGAUCCUCGUCACGGGAGAUAUUUAACUGUAGCAGCAAUAUUCAGAGGAAGAAUGUCUAUGAAGGAAGUUGACGAGCAAAUGUUGAAUAUCCAAAAUAAAAAUAGCAGUUACUUCGUGGAAUGGAUCCCCAAUAAUGUGAAGACGGCGGUCUGCGAUAUCCCCCCGAGAGGUCUGAAGAUGUCCAGUACUUUUAUCGGAAACUCCACCUGCAUCCAAGAGUUAUUUAAGAGGAUAUCUGAGCAAUUCACCGCCAUGUUUAGAAGAAAAGCUUUCUUGCAUUGGUACACUGGUGAGGGUAUGGACGAAAUGGAAUUUACCGAGGCGGAGAGUAACAUGAACGAUUUGGUGUCGGAGUAUCAGCAGUACCAAGAUGCAACCGCCGAGGAAGAGGGCGAAUUCGACGAAGAGGAGGAAGCGGACGAGGGAGAAAAUUAGACGUAAUUUAAUUAUUUAAGACACGCGCCACUUUUCUAAAAUCUACAAGUAUUUUUGUGAUUUAUUAUGUGCCCCCAAAAGACUUAUAUGGAUCAGUCUCUAAUUUACUAUUGGAUGAAUUAAUAAAUAUUUUUUUAUCAUUUUUAUCUGA